GGACUCUUGUGGUGGCACUGCGCUGCUAAGAAAGAAAGAGGAAAAACCGGAUACGUACAAAAAAGAAUUGACAUGUGAGAACACAGACGUACCUAGAUAUGGCAACAAGUUACAAGACUUAGACCUAUACAACAGAUGGUUGCCGAUACAACUUAUUACGAUUUAUUGGGCGUGUCUAUCACAGCCACAGAGCUAGAUAUCAAGAAGGCCUACAGGAAGAAGGCCAUCCAGCACCAUCCAGAUAAGAACCCGGACGACCCCAACGCCGCUGCUAAGUUCCAGGAAAUCGGGGAAGCCUACCAGGUGUUGAGCGACAAGUCCAUUAGGGCGAGGUACGAUCAGUAUGGUAAGGAAAACGCUAUUCCCAAGGAAGGGUUCGAAGAUCCAUCGGAAUUCUUCUCCAUGAUUUUCGGCGGUGACGCCUUCAAAGACUACAUCGGAGAGUUGACCCUCCUCAAAGAUUUGUCAAAAACGGCCGAGUUAUCCAAAGAAGACGAAGAAACCAAGCCGGAGGAGGAGUCCAAGAGCGCCGACAGCACCACCCAAACGGAAAAGGUUGCCACCCCAAACGAGCCACAGCAGAAGAAACCUGUGCUUACCAUCGGUGAUAACUCACACUCAUCAUCGGGUUCCUGGCAAAACAAAGAGCACGUUUCGUCCGAAAGCAACGUUGGGGUUCCUGAGGCGAGCACCAAGGAAGAGGAGAGAAAGAAGAAGAUUGCGGAGGAGAAGCAGGCCGAGCUUGAUAAGUACGACGAAGAGUGCCGCAUCAAGCGCGAAGAGACCCAGAAGGAGUUGGCAGCCAAGCUUAUAGACCGUCUUUCUCUCUGGACCGAGACGGACAAGAGAGCAGACGUCACGCACUCGUUCCAAGAAAAGAUUAGAUACGAGGCCGAGUUGUUAAAGAUGGAAUCUUUCGGGGAGGAUAUUCUUCACACCAUUGGUGUAAUCUACCAAUCCAAGGGUGAAACUUUCAUCAAAUCGCAGACCUUCUUUGGUUUUGGCGGUUUCUUCUCCAGUAUGAAGGAAAAGGGCAGAAUUGUGAAGGAUACCUUCUCCACCGUCACCGCCGCGUUAGACGCUCAAUCAACCAUGGAGAAGUUGUCUAAGAUCCAGGAUGAUAUGACCAACGAAGACGGGACCGAGACCGGUCUCUACACCCAGGAGGAGAUUGCGGAGUUGGAACAGUAUCUUACAGGCAAGGUGUUAAAUGCUGCCUGGCAUGGCACCAAGUUCGAGAUCCAGGGAUCCUUAAGAGCCGUCUGUAACUUGGUUCUCUACAACGAAGAAGUGGACUUCAAGAAGAGAGUCGAGAGAGCCCAGGCCUUAGUUAUCGUUGGGAAGGUAUUCAAGAGCAUCCACCGGACCGAAUUAGAGCAAGAAGAAGCACAGGUUUUCGAGCAGUUGGUCAGAGACUCCGCCAAGAAGAAGAAUAUGGACAAGAAGAAGAACAUGGACAAGAAGAAGGGCAUCGAUGAGCUUGACGAGAAAGCAGAUGUCACGGCCGCCACCGCCACCGCCAGUCAUUAAUGUCUGGUGAGGUUUCAGCCUGUUUGUCUGUACCUUGUAUAUAGGUGUCCAUCCAUUGUAUAAUUGUAGUUAUCGGUUUUAUUUUUACCCCUCUAAUAUACUUGUCAAUUGUCUGAGCGGUGU